GGCAGUGAGAGGGGAGGGAGCAGAGAGGACCAGGUUUCGGCUUACAGCGCAUACCACACGAACAACACCAAAAUACGCUAAAAUACAGGCAAAGCAACAGGAGACUACACCUUCACCCGAUCACGACUUGGGGUUUCAGUCGGAGGACACCAAGGACCGCGGACUGUGGGUUGCAAAGAAAGGAGUUUCUUUUUGUAAUGUGGGAAAUGCUUUCUCCUCUUUUCCGUGGUAUGUGGAUCUGGGAGCGACCAUGUUAUUAGGCAGGUGAUAAAAGGAGGAGCCGGCUGUUCUAUCCCAGCUUAGAGAAGACCCAGGAUAGAAACUGGGAGAGAUACAUAGAGUUGGAGGGGGAUUCACCACUACCAAGGGAAAUUAGGAUGAAUGUGUCUCUGUACCAUUGACAAGCUGAACUGGAAUGAUAUCUUGACCUUUUUUCCUGGAAGUGACCAAGUUAGCGAUGAGCGGGGGGAUAUAAUGGCCAAGAACAAGGAUGCGCGCCCCCCGACAUUCGCCGUCAGCGUGGUUGGCCUCUCGGGGACGGAGAAGGAGAAGGGAAAUUGUGGUGUGGGCAAGUCCUGCCUAUGCAACCGGUAUGUGCAUCCUGAUGCGGACAGUUACUACUCAGAGCACACCUCAGUGCUGAGCACAAUAGACUUUGGGGGGCGUGUGGUUAACAAUGACCACUUCCUGUACUGGGGGGAGGUGUCCCAUCGAGGGGAUGAUGGGUUGGACUGCAAAAUCCAAGUCAUCGAGCAAACAGAGUUCAUUGAUGACCAGACGUUUCUUCCGCAUCGGAGUACAAACCUGCAGCCGUACACCAAACGCGCAGCACAAACCAAGCUCCAGUCGGCGGAGAAGCUUAUGUACAUCUGCACGGACCAGCUGGGCUUAGAGCAGGACUUUGACCAGAAGCAGAUGCCUGAUGGGAAGCUGAACAUCGAUGGCUUUGUGCUCUGCAUCGAUGUUAGCAAGGGUUGCAAUAGGAGGUUCGAUGACCAAAUGAAGUUUGUCAACAGCCUCUACGCCCAGAUUGUCAAGUCAAAGAAGCCUAUUGUCGUCGCUGCCACAAAAUGUGAUGAGUGUGUGGACCAGCACCUGAGGGACCUGCAGGCUUUUGUUGCCAACAAGAAGAACCUGCUGCUAAUUGAGACGUCAGGACGCUGUAACGUCAAUAUAGAGCUCUGCUUCAACGCCCUCAUCCAGCAGCUGGAUAAAACAAGGGGAAAGCCAAAAACUGUGCCAUACCUGGAGGCCUAUAAAGUCCAACGGCAGCUUGUUGCCUUAGUGACAGAUAGAUAUGAGAAACUGAUGGUGCACACGGUGAGAGAUUAUCACACCACAUGGAAAACAGUGGUUAAUAAUCUCAAGGGCCAACAUGACUAUGACGAGUUCAUCACCUUGGAGGGCACCAAGAAAGCACGCAACAUGUUCACAAAGCACAUUGCACAACUGAAGCACGAGCACAUCAAGAGGAGGAGGGAAGAGUACCUGACAACACUACCGAAAACCCUUAACAACCUCCUCAAUAACCUGGAGGAGGUGGAACACCUCCCAUGGCCUGAGGCACAGAGUGUGAUCCGGAACCGACCUGAUUUCCAGUACUGGUUUGUGGUUCUGGAACAUACGCCAUGGGAUGAGACGGAUCACAUUGACGUGAGUGACCGCAGGAUACCCUUUGACCUCCUCAAUACUCCCGAUGGUGAGAGAAUUUACCAUAACCACGUCCAGCACCUGAUGUCUGAGAAGAGAAGGGUGGAGAUGAAAGAUAGGUUCAAGAAGACACUGGAGAGGGUUCAUUUUAUCAGCGCAGGGCAGCCUUGGGAGGAGGUCAUGUGCUUUGUCAUGGAGGACGAGGCCUACAAGUACAUCACAGAAUCAGAUAGGAGGGAUGUUUACUGUAGACACCAGCAGGAAAUAGUUGAAAGGGCCAAAGAGGAUUUUCAGGAAAUGCUUUUUGAGCAUGCUGAGCUAUUCUAUGACUUAGAUCUGAAUGCCACCCCCAGCUGCGACAAGAUGAGCGAAAUUCACAGUGUGCUAAAUGAGGAGCCCAGAUACAGAGCGCUGCAGAAACUUGCCCCAGAUAGAGAGUCACUCCUCCUCAAACACAUUGGGUUUGUUUACCAUCCCACUAAGGAGACAUGCCUGAGCGGGCAGAACUGUGUGGAUCUGAAAGUGGAGCAGGUUUUAGCGAACAGGCUUGUGCAGCUCGACCACGGACCCUCUAAUCUCUACUAUAACAGUGCCAACAUCGAUAAGAUCAACCUCUGCCUCCUUGGAAGGGAGGGUCUCUCACAGGAACUAGCCAAUGAGAUCCGAGCUCAGUCCACAGAUGAUGAGUACACCCUUGACGGUAAAAUUUAUGAACUGGAGCUCCUUGCUGUUGAUGUCAACUCCACACUGCUCUUCAGCCAUGCGUGGGUUAAUACUUUCAAGCCACAUGGCUGCUUUUGUGUGUUCAACUCCAUAGAGUCCCUCAACUGUAUUGGAGAUUGCAUAGGCAGGAUCAGAGCGGAGAUAGCACAGAGUAGGAGAGAUAGGUUUGCUAAGCCACUACCAUUUAUUCUCAUCCUGGCAAAUCAGAGGGAUAGUGUUUGCAAAAACAUACCUAUCCUGAGGCACCAGGGCCAACAACUGGCAAACAAAUUGCAGUGCACCUUUGUUGACAUCCCUUCUGGGGCCUUUCCACGUAAAUUCACCGAGUUCCAAAUUAAGCAGGGUCUCCGAGCGGUGCUUGAUGGCCUAAAGCAUAACUUUGAUGUCUUGGCCCCGCUGCCCUCUAUCAAAGACAUGUCAGAGACGGACCUUAGGAUAGUCAUGUGCGCCAUGUGCUGGGAUCCUUUCAGCGUUGACCUCAUCCUCUCGCCUUUCUUAGACUCACAUUGCUGUAGCGCGGGGCAGCCAGGCCAGAGCAACACACUGAUACUGAACAAGAUCAUCGGGGACAGCAGGAGGAGGAUCCAGGUCACUGUUCUCUCCUAUCACACUGCUAUCGGUGUCCGCAAAGAUGAACUGGUGCACGGCUACAUAUUGGUCUACUCUGCCAAACGGAAGGCUUCCAUGGCGACCCUGCGGGCGUUCUUGGCCGAAGUCCAGGACGUGAUCCCCGUCCAGAUGGUGGCGAUCACAGACAGCCAGGCAGACUUCUUUGAGAAUGAUGCCAUUAAGGAGUUGAUGACGGAGGGGGAGCACAUUGCCACAGAGAUAGCUGCCAAGUUUACAGCACUUUACUCACUGUCACAGUAUCACCGGCAGACAGAGGUUUUUACACCCUUCUUCAAUGAAGUGUUGGAGAAAAAGCUGAGCAUCGAGAGCUCCUUCCUGUUUGACACCUCAUCAAGAGAGUGCACCACUGGUGCUAGCGAAGACGUCUUCCCCACCUCGCCCCAUAGCCAUUCCCCGGCCUACAACACCUAUUACCCAGAAUCUGAUGAUGAUAAUGAGGCCCCCCCACCUUAUAGUCCAAUAGGUGAUGACGUUCAGCUUCUCCCCACACCGAGUGAGCGGGCCAAGUACCGGAUUGACCUAGAAGGCAAUGAGUACCCAGUCCAUAGCACUCCUGUUGGAGAACAUGAACGCAACCACAAAGUGCCACCACCUGUCCGGCCCAAACCAGUGCUGCCCAAACCUAAUGUCAAAAAGCUGGACCCCAACCUGCUCAAAACCAUAGAGGCUGGCAUGCGGAGCAACCGUAGGAUGCCACGUGGCCCAAUGGUACACACCGAUGAUGUGGAGGCGUCAGACAACUAUGCAGACCCCGUGGACACCUUGCUAAGGUCCAGGGGCUUUCACAACGACGACAUAUAUGCUGUGCCUGAUGACACACACAGCCGCCUGGUCAAAAUAAGAAACUCCUUUGGUGUGUUACAUGGCCUUCAAGUAGGAGAGGAAGAGAAUGGAUUUGACAGGAAGUGUCAGGCUGGACGGCGGCCGUCAAAAUACAAACAUCGUUCUAAAAUCUUGUUCAGCAAGACAAAGGCCUACCAAAGACGAUUCCACUCUGACAGCGACGGGGAGGAGUCUGGCCCUGCCACUCAGAAAAAGAAAAAGGGAAGAGCCCACCGGGGCAGCGAGGAGGACCCACUGCUGUCCCCUGCCGACCCCUGGAAGGGUGGGAUAGACAACCCCGCCAUCACCUCUGACCCUGAGCAGGAGGACAAGAAGAUGAAGAAGAAGAAGACGCCCAAGACUCCAAAGGAAUCAAAAAAGCAAAAAUCUUCCAAGCCCCCGAAGCCUCUGUACCCACCUACCCGAAGAACCUGGGAGAGCAACUACUUUGGCGUUCCCCUGCAGAACCUGGUGACCCUGGAUCGACCCAUCCCGCUCUUCAUUGAGAAAUGCGUCGACUACAUCGAGCACACAGGUCUGACGACAGAAGGCCUGUAUCGCGUCAGCGGGAACAAGACGGACCAGGACAACAUCCAGAAACUGUUUGAUCAAGAUCACAACAUCGACUUUGUGGCGAUGGACGUGGCUGUGAACGCUGCUGCCGGGGCGCUGAAAGCUUUCUUUGCCGACCUGCCCGACCCGCUGAUCCCCUACAGCCUGCACCCGGAGCUGGUGGAGGCCGCAAAAAUCGUGGACUACAUCGAGCGUCUGCAGGUCUUGCGGGAGAUCGUGAAGAAGUUUCCCUCUGUCAACUACCAGGUCUUCAAAUACAUCAUCACACACCUCAACAGGGUGAGCCAGCACAGCAAGACCACCCUGAUGACGGCCGACAACCUGUCCAUCUGCUUCUGGCCCACGCUGAUGCGGCCCGACUUCGAGAACAAGGAGACGCUGUCCACCACCAAGCUGAACCAGGCCGUCAUCGAGUCCUUCAUCGUCCAGAGCGACUACUUCUUCCACGGCGGCGAGGUGGCCGAGAGCUCCAGCAGCGAGGGCACGCCGCCGCCGCACUGCCACAACAUGGUGGAGGCCCUGCUCCCGCUGCAGCUGCCGCCGCCCCUGCAGCCGCAGCAGAUCCAGCACACCCUGCACCCCGACCCGCUGAUCUGAGAGCCAGAGGAGCAUGCUGGGAAAUGAAGUCCGGGGCUGUCUGUGUGCGCCGCCAGGCAGCUUCUGGCCAACAAUCGCCGGGAGGUCAAACAAAACGCCGGUCGGCUGUUGAAAUAAAACAUAAAAAGACCUGGUUGGUGAAUUUUUGGGGGGAUUCAGCAGCUGCUGUUUGUCAUCGACUUUGAGGUGAACGAGCUUCGGGGGUUUAGAGACACAUCAACCGUUUGUUGGAUUAAACCUAAUCUGUGAGAUCGGCUCAUCCCGCGAGGUAAAUCCCGGAUUAGAGAAUUACAAUCGGACGUCACCUUUUGGAACUAAUUUGUGGAUCUGACUGCCCCUUUUAGGAUACGAAGACUGAAAAUAGCUGAUGUGUGGACUGAUUUGAUUCGGCACAUAGUGACAACACUAACCGUUUAGCAGGGUCUGACUUGGACUCGUUAUAGAUUACCUUCCUCCUACCUUACCCUGACAGAAUAGCACACUGGGGUCCGUACCAAACCCCCCCUUAAACCCCGCCCCCCUUUUCCCUGCUCCCAGACAAAGAAAAGGGAAGUUAAAACUCAAAGAGUCCCCACGACUGCAAAUAUAAAACACCUGAUACCGACUGAGUCAUUAGAUAUUUGACGGACUGUUUGCACGCUGAGAUCUUCAGCACAGGAAAACAUUUCUUCUUCUUCUUCUUCUUCUUCUUCUUCUUCGUCUUCGUCUUUUGUUGUUGCCCCUUUCACCCCAGAAACCGGUCAGUAAGUAAGAGGAACGUUUCAUUUCUGCACCAGGCGUCCAACAGCCUCACACACACAGAUUUAUGAACCUCGUGGAAAUAUGAGAAAGCGUGGAUUAUCUUAAGCCUCUGCUUUUAAAUACUAGGAGAGAAAAUGAAAUGACCCUCCUACCCACCACAUGAACUUUGACCCCUUAAAGGACAGCACAUGCACGAUCUGUGUCAAAAGUCCCACAUGCCAAUUUCAUGUUUGUUUGUGUAGUUUACAUUUUUAUCAUCUUUAUUUCUCUUGUUUUUAUUUUUAUAUAAUUUUUUUUUGGUAACGUCUUAAUUUCAACCCUGUGUGUGUGCGUGAUGACGAUGGUGUGUGUGUGUGUGUGUGUGUGUGUGUGUUGGUGUAUCUGUGUCACAGCCAGUUAGAAACCUUCUCUGCUGAGGGAAGGGGGGGGGGGGGAUCCAGGAAGGGAAAACAAAUUCAAAAUCCUUCCGGACUGACGGACUCGUGUAGCUCCGUACGCGAGAUCCAGACUUUACUACGAACCUUCAGCCUGUCUCGUCUCUUCUCUAACUCUUAACGCAACGACUGACGUCUCUCGUUCUGAAGGAGACGACCCCGACCCCUCGAUGAUGGCACAUGAGCGAGGAAACCACUACGUCGGGAUGCAUUCUGGAUUGGAUUUCAAGGAGGACGCCUCCCACUUUUUUGUCAUUUCAAAUUAUUAUUUUUUUUCUUCUGUUGGUUUGUUGGAAAAUUUAAAAAUUUGCAUGUCUCUGUUUUGCCACUUAGUGAAAAAAAGAAGAACUUUAAAGUAAAAAAAAAAAAAAAAAAAUGAAAUGAAACUCUUUGAAACUCCGAAUGGAGCGUUUGUUCAGAUCGUUUUAUCUGAAUCUUUCUGGUUUGAGGGGAACAUUUCCACAGAGGGGGUUUCAUUUUCUUUUUGCAUUUGUUUCUUUUCUGUCAAGCAAGAAAUCAACUCUUAAUAUCAUAUUUUUGGUUAUAUGUCGAAUAGUUUUCCCUAAAUAGAGGAAAGAAGUAUAUAUAAGUAUAUAUAUAUAUAUAUAUAAAUAUAUAUAUAAAUUUAUCAGCAGCAGAGGUUCCGAUUUAGUGAAAUACCACGGGGUACUGGACUGUAUAAUCUGUCACAAGCUAUAAUCAUAUUUCUUUGUGGUUCUGACGGCGUGACUGAAACCCAUCUUUAUUUUUCUGAUGGUGUGUGUGUGUGUGUAUAUAGGGGGGAGGGGGUUUGAUAACAGAUGGAUGAGUUUUAACUCCUCUUCGUCCCUCAUCGCUUAAACCUUGGCUCACCUUUGCCCCGGUUUGUUUCUUUCGUGUAUUUGUACACGUGCCGAGCGUCGUUUUCCCUGAAAGACAAAUCCCCCUCCCCCCGUGACGAUGUUCUGCAGGAGUCUUCACAAACACUCUUCUGUCCAUCUGGAUU